UACUGAGUUCGGUCGAGAUAUGAGAGUAAGGAAAGUGGGAAACAAGUGUUUUUUACCAAGGACAUGUAAGCGUUGCCGAGUGCAGUUGCGCUGCGUAAGAAGGGUGUGUAGGAACCCACCAGAGGAAAGGAACGCUUACACAACCAUCAGGGGCAACAACUCCGUUCCCAUCGGCACAUCCAUCGGUUACAGGUGCCUCUCGGGCAGCAAGUGGGACGGCUCCUCAGCAACCCGCAGGUGGUGCAAACAAGAUCCAGAAGGCGGCAUGAUGUGGACGAAAGGCCCGGGAAUCAGGUGUGUUCCAAGCAAGCCCUGUGGGGAGCCGCCGAAGGCCACGCAUGCAGAACACAACGGGAAGAAGACCACUCCCGCCCUGGGGAAGGUUACGUAUAAGUGUAAGAAGGGCUUCAAGCCAAGGGCAGGCCGUGAUGUGGUGAAGGUUUGCACGGGAGAUGGGCAGUGGGACGGGCCAGAUAUAAUCUGUGACGAUGACUGUAAAAUGCCACGCUCAGUGAUGAAGUUGAUUAGGAAUGGCACGCUCACCACUGCUAAUGCCUCGGUAAACUACACCUGCAACCCUGGGUAUGAGUUCCCCGAUAAGUCCAAGUCUAAAACAUGGACAUGUAUGGAUGCAAUGUUCAUGAAUGCCAUCAAGACAUCAUGUCAACCAAUCAAAUGUCAACUACCAAAUCUGAAAGUCCCCAAUGUCGUGGAACAGUUCGACCCCAAGAAGGACACUUUAGAUCAAGGGACAAUUUUCAUUUACCGAUGUAAAAAAGGUUGGGAGUUUGAGAGGGAUGACCGCAUCCGUUGCGAAUUCAACGGUACAUGGUCUGGCAGCGUGACUUGUAAACUAAUUGACUGUGGUCCGCCCACUGAAUAUCUUGGUGUGAAAGUCCAAACCGCAGGGACCACUUACGGCGCGGUAGCGAAAUACAAGUGUCUUUACGGCUCCAAGAUGACGUCCCCACUAUCUACUGCUACUAAGAUCUGCAGCGACAAGAGGAAAUGGCUGCCGAAGGAUACAGUGACGUGUCAAGGGAAUAACAAAUCCACCGGAGAUGAUGCACUGGAUGGACUAGACUUCUAACCACAAUGGCGGGCGAUAACUUGAUUGGUUCCUUUUCGUAUGAAAUAUCCAAGAUGAUGGAAUAUAGGAUUGAUCUAAAGAACAAGGCCAGACCAAUGCAUGGCAAAAGGCAUGUGUCAUUCAUUCAAGAAACAUCAAAUUCGAGAUUUUUCAAUUAUGUAUAAGAAUACACGACAAAUGUAAAUUUCAACAAUUCUGUUGUGUCGGCUGAUACACAUUGUAGCAAUAUGUCUGGUGCAAUUGAUUAACAAGAACACUAGUGUGACAUGAAGAGU